CCGAGCUACCACCCGUGAUAUAACAAUGCUUCAUCGAAGGAUUCCAUUCUGAUCUCCCGAACAUGGUGAAGCGGGUUCCCAGCGGCGCUGUGGAUCCAAAAGAAAUCGGUGGAGUGAAACCAGGAUACCCACCACAUUAUAUUCGAUCAAAUAUGCAGCGGGCCCUGCCAGACGAUCGAAGAGCAUGCACCACACGACGUCCCUCCUACUUCCAUUUGGGAGACAGGAAGCACGGAGGUGCAGGUGUCCAGAAAGGGACUAGAAGGGUGAUAGGUGUUCGGAAGGCAGUACCUCGGUUUACUAACCCUGACUAGCUGCCCUCGCCCGGCGUAGCUUGAGCAGCAUCCAUCAGGCUGAAGAAACAUGCGCAGUGAUGAUGCGGGGCUCCGACCCGAUACCUCUCUCGGAUCUUCGACCUCGAGCUCUCUCACCUCUCUCAGAGCCUCAUCGCUGCUGAUCGUUGCUUGAUGCCUCAGCUGAUCACCUAAUCGAGCGUCGGUGCGUUCGGCCUUUGACAAUACUGCUUUGAUCGUCUCUGAAAGGGAUCGUAUGUGCUCGACAUCAGCACAGCAGGUAGUAAAGAGUGGCCACGCUUGGCCAAGGAGUCACAAUGACUCGCAUCGUCAUUGAUUCGGAUGGGCGGCAAGAAUUAGCAUACAUAGUAUCGUCACUAUUGUCGACCUCUCCGCCAAAAUAUAUGUCAGUCGCUGUACACAUCAAGAAGGAUAACCAAGCGAUACACCACCUGCAUAUCGCAUUCGUGGGCUCGAGGUCUCUGCUACAGGAGUCGAUGGUCGACGUUGAGUCG